AUGGCGGACAGCAUUAAUUGUCAACCAUGUUUAAGGGACGACAAGGAAACUGCUGCAACAGUUUAUUGUUAUAAUUGUGCUGAGAAUAUGUGUGCGGACUGCCAAUCUUACCAUAGAAAAAGUAAAGCAUCUUCGAAUCAUAAACUGUCCAACAGUUUGGAGAAAGAGAAAUGUGAAGAGCUUGUGUCUAUUGCUGAGGAAUGUAAGAAAUCAAAAGAUGAUACCGGAGAACAAAAUGCUUCAAGAAGUGUACAGCAGACACUGAUAGAAUUUGAGAGAUGUAUUGAUGCGUGUCUUAGUUACGAAAGACAAAAUCAAAAAACGGUUCAAGAUUCAAAGCUUCGGAUAAAGCAGGACCUGGAACAAGUAAAACGUCAACUUGAAGAAACUUACCAAACUCUACGGAAAAAUGUUUUAAAGAACACCGAAGAGAUAGGUGAAAAAAUAUUGAAAAGCAGUUCAAACAGAACAGACAAGAUGGACGUUCUGAAAAGGGAGGUAACUGCGUUAAAACUUGAGGCAGACACGGUAGCUACGCAUGGUUCUUCACUCCAAACAUAUCUUCAUACCAGGCAUAGCAGACAAGCAAUUUGUAACUUUCAGGAAUCGAUCCAAAUUCUCAAGCAGGAAGUUGUGUCUUGUGAUAUCGACUUGAAGGAGCACAAACCUUUGACAACCGUCAUCGAAUCUAUUUUAAAUUGCUUUAAAGUCCACGAAAAGUACUCUGAACCAGAUUUACCCAGCUGUCUGGCGUGUGACAUGCCCGCACAAUACAAUGGUCGAAAAUUUCAUGAACGAACUGCCACACUUGAACUUGAAACAUGUUUGAGUGAAGAUAUGGACUGGCCGAGAUCAUGUCAAUGGAUUAGGGAUUAUAUCAUCCUUGCCUCACAAACUAGAAGCAAACUUUUGCUUUAUGACACCACAACGAACACGUCACUGAGCACUUAUCAAUGCACCAACGAACCUUGGUCCAUGACGUCUAUAGAUCAUGAAACAUUUGCUGUUUGUGGCUUGGAUAAACCGAUAGUCGAUAUUCUGAAAAUUGACAGAAAUCAGAUCAAGCUGAAACAGUCCAUCAAUACAAAGUCAGCAGUUGUAGGAUUGUCAUUUGACGGAAGAAAUAAGCAACUGAUUUGUUUGUCGAAAACAGAGAGGGCAAUAUUCUAUCUACGACUUGAUGGUCAAAUCAUGUUUACCGUACCUGUCGGCGAAGAUUUAAAACCGGAUUUAGCAAAAAGCUACUGCCUUGCGCUCGAUAAACGUACACAAAUUAUUUAUAUUUCCUGUUGUGAUUCGGGGAAGGUUUUAGCAAUUACAAAGGAAGGGGAAAAGCUUGGACAGCUUACUCAUGUUGACUCAGUUGCUCUAAGCUGUCCAUGGGAAGUUACUGUUGAUGCUGACAGCAACGUGUAUAUAUGCAUUAUGCACAGUCAGUAUGUUCUACAAUGUGACAAAGACCUCAAUGUCAUCAAAAAACUACUACAAGAAAAUACACCGCUAGGUAUAAGUUUCAACAAAGUCAUGUCCAAAAUAGCACUAACGGGAAAUUUUAAUAGUGGAUGGCUUAAAGUGUACAAAUUGGAAUAA